AUGGACGAAAAGGUACCAUCUGGAACUCAUCAAGAGAAAAUUUCAAUUGGUGAGGUAUCAGACAUGAACGAAAAACUGCCUCGUCCUGGUGAUGGAAUUGACUGGACACCUGAGGAAGAACGUUCGCUCGUACGGAAGAUCGACUGGCAUGUGUUCCCAAUGCUUUGCAUUGUCUUCGGCAUGUCAUUACUUGAUCGAACAAACAUAUCGGCUGCGUACAUUGCUGGUGCCGGCAAAGAUCUCAAUCUAAAACAAGGUACUCACUAUAACACAGCGUUGCUAGUGUUCUUCAUUGGUUAUGGUAUUUUCGAGCUGCCUUCUAACUACGUUAUUCGACGAAUUGGAGCCAGGUGGUGGCUUGGCUUCCUUAUUGUCGCUUGGGGAGCUUGCGUAUUAGGGAUGGGCUUCAUCUCAACUUGGCAGGCUCUCACAGUCUUGAGAGCCUUCCUUGGCGUUUUCGAAGCCGGCCUCUUUCCGGGAGCCGUGUUUAUUAUUGGGUCGUGGUAUAAGCAAUACGAAACAGCUCGCAGAGUUUCACUGUUCUAUAUGGCAGCACUUCUUGCCUCUGGUUUUGGGCCUAUUAUUGCAUACGUUCUGUCAUUGAUCAGCAUUGGCAGUGGCAGAUACGCCGCUGGUUGGCGGUGGAUAUUCAUCAUCGAAGGCGCAAUCACUGUUUUUGUUGGAUUUCUAGCCUUCAUUUUCCUUGGUGACUUUCCUGAAAACGCCAAUUGGCUUAGUAAUAGACAGCGCGCAGUCGCAUUGGCUCGUGUGCAGAUCGACCAAGCAGCUCGUGCUUAUGAACACCCGAACGUCAAGCAAGUCCUUCGAAUGCUCUGUGACUGGAAAUUGGGCGUUUACUGCAUUCUGUAUUUCAUUGCUGCUUCCAGCGUAUAUUCCCUGGCAUACUUCUUCCCAAUCAUUCUCCGAGAAGGCAUGGGCUUUGGAUAUGCAAAGGCCCAGCUUUUGACAAGUCCGCCAUAUAUAUUCGCUAUCGUCGCCAGCUUAUGUAUGGCCUGGUUGUCCGACAAACUGCGCAAUCGUUGGGCAAUCAACAGCUUCCAUGCACUAAUGGCGGUGAUUGGCCUUCUGGUCGUCUUAUACGUGAAAUCCCCGGGAGUUCGUUACUUCGGAAUGUUUCUAGCAGUCUGGGGAACACAAGCCAACGUGCCUGGUACAUUAGCUUAUGGUCAAAGUCAAACACCUCUUGUAGCAAAAAAAGGUGUAGUCUCUGCUGCAAUGAUCACCAUUGGUGCUGCCGGUGGUGUAACAGGCAGCACAAUAUUUCGGUCGCAAGAUGCUCCUCAAUAUUUGCCGGGCAUGUGGGCGACUAUCUCAAUGCAACUCUUGUAUAUCAUGCUUACAAUAACAAUGUCCUUUUUCAUGAGAAAUCAGAAUAGAAGAGCGGAUCAAGAUGACUCUAUUCAAUUAGAGGGGGUGAAAGACUUCCGCUACGCACCUUAAGGCGAGAGGGAUGGGGAACAUUAAUGGAGAUGGAAAUACUUAACUUGGCACAAGGCCUUUAUUUUUGUUGUAGUUGGGUAUCUGCGUGACAUGUC